AUGCAGGCUAUAAACCCAUCUUGCUUCAAUCUUUCCCACGUGCGCAUCAUGCUGUUCUUUCGCGCUUUGUCGCUGUUGUCGAUCCUUGUGCCGGGAUCGGCCAAGCCGCUACUGUCGGGGGUCGUGCCGCGGCAGGACAGGGCCCCACUUACAUGGGACCAAACCAUCUGUGGCGACAUUGUCAUCGAUGCGCAAAAGGGUAACCGAAUCUUCUACGCCGAAGAAGUGUUUGAAUGCUUGUCACGCGUUCCUUUCAACGAUGCCGUUGCUACCCGUUUCAUCAACUACUAUAACAUGACUCUACAAUUUCAGAGUACACUCGCAUUUCUGAAAACCCCUCCUCACGGUUAUCAACAACCACCUGUUGAUGUAAUCGAAGUACUCGGUGACAUCCAGCGCAACAUCACUUCAGGGGUAUACAAGAAGCAGUACAGCUUUGAAGCUGAUGUUCAACUUCUUAUCAGUCGCAUGCAUGAUUCACAUGUCACUCUCAGCUCUGGCAUUAUGAACGCCUUCUCCUUCGUUAGCCCGUAUGGCAUCGUGUCAGCAUCCUCAGACGGAAAGCAACUUCCAGAAAUCUACAUUGCAGAAGAUAUCCGCAAUGGUCGUCUACAUGGCUAUAAACCUGCCCCGAUCAACAAGAUCAAUGGUAGAGACGCUGUCGAAUUCCUCGCAGAAUUUGCAACACUCAAUACAGACGGCUAUGUCGAGCCACACGCAGACUGGAAUUCGCUUAUGGACAGUCCAGCUUUAUACAUCAGUGGAGAUCUAAGUAUCUUUCAGUCUGCAACAUUUUACCCUGGAGACAAGCUUGAAGUAACCUUCAAAAACGGGACACCACAUCAUGCAUACUGGCUGUCAAUAUACAAUGAGCUGGAUAAUCCUGGACCAUUAACCACGGCUGGAGAUUUCUACAACUACUUCGUUCUCGGUCUAAAACCUGCUAGCUACAAGGAAGGAAGUAUCUGGUGGCCAAUAGAUCCGGCGCACAAUGAGACAUCCAGUGGUAACGCGCCGUCCAUCAAUUUGUACGAAGAAAUAUGCUCAAGUGGCCACCCCUCACAGCUCAACUGGUGCCAGGCAAGCUCUGGCACCUACCCCAAUGAUCCAGUAGUAUCUCAACCCGAUCUUGCCAUUACAGGAGGUGGCGUCGUUAGCGGCUACUUCCUCAAAGACAUGUCUACUGGUGUCUUGAGUGUCCCAACGUUCAUGCAAUUCGACCCUAACACUGGAUUCUUCCAAGACACUGUGGAGUACUUCAUCGGAAAUGCGACACAACAAAACAUUUCUCGGAUCGUGAUCGAUCUACAAACGAAUUCUGGUGGCGAAGUGUUCCUGGCCUACAACACAUUCAAACAGUUUUUCUACAAUAUUGAUCCGUACGCAGCGACCCGAAUCCGGAGUCAUGAGCUCACUAAUGUUCUUGGUGCAGCUUACUCUGAAUGGUGGAAAGGGCUCGAGACGGACCUUGACGCUAACGGAUUCGCGUACAGCUACGCUGCGGCAGAAGAAUGGAUCGCGGUGAAUCGCAUCAACGCUGCCACUGGAAGCAAUUUCUCUUCUUGGGCUGACUACUAUGGCCGCGUGUCUGAUCAUGGAGAUCUAUUCUCUGCCGCUCAACGUUACAAUCUCUCGAACGAGGUAUUCGAUAUCGCUGCUUUCGAGGGUUGGGUACCAUACGGAUAUGGCAUUAACAAAGCUGACACCCCAUCGCCGCAGCCGUGGGCUCCCAAUGAUGUUGUCAUUCUGACAGAUGGCUUAUGCGCAUCGGCCUGUGCCGUGUUCGUGGAAAUGAUGACUCAAGCCGGCGUGCGAACAGUUGCAGUUGGUGGACGUCCCGAGCCUGGCCCCAUGCAAGCUGUCGGUGGUAGCCGUGGCGCCCGAGUCUACCAUGCCUCUGAAUUGGACGAAGAUUUCGGCUUUGUUUCAGACACCAUCAAGAACAGUACCGCCGCAGCACAACUACCCAGUCGCUCAGAUACAGGCAUGUGGAUCACAGAUGCCACUAUCAACAUACGCGACCAGGUGCGCGCGAAUGAGACGACGCCGCUACAUUUCAAGUAUGGAGCAGCCGAUUGCCGCAUUUAUUAUACGCUGGACAACAUCUUCAACACAACGCGUCUUUGGCGCGACGCUGCGAAGGCAACAUGGGAUGACCGCUCGCUAUGCGUCGCUGGCUCCACUGGCUUCCCGUCUGCACGAAACGCGACUUCGAAGCAAACUCCUCCAAGUCAAACCACAUAUGUACCCACCCUCAGUCUUGACCCAGACAGUUCAAUUCAAGUACUCAGUAACAUUACGCUUGGCGGUAUCGAAGCCGGCGACGGCUUGCCCUUUCUUGGAAUCACGAGCUGUAACAUUGGCUGCAGUCGUGGAAGACAAUGCUUAGCCACCGUACUGAGGUGUAACGGCGCCUACAGGGACACUACAGCUUGCCUUCCUCAAUGCCUCAGUACCGAUCCGAAUAGUUGCCCAGAGACAUCGCGUUGCGACUACAACCCCGGGUCGAUAGGAUCCACAAUCAAUGCGUACGGGGAUCGAGCCGCCUAUGCAUUUGGGACACCACUGCACGUGGGCUUUUGCAGACCGACAGGGCCGAAUCAGAUGCUUGCGUGCCCGCGUUAG